AUGCCUGAAAUUUUAAAUGCAUUUGAAGAAAUAUCAAAUACAUCGUCAGACUCUUUAAUAAGAAGUGAAUGUAAAUCUUUAGAAAAUGAAAUCGGUAGUUACGAGUUUAUUCUAAGUAUAAUUAUUUGGUAUGAUAUCUUAGUAGAAGUUAAUACAAUAAGCAAAAGUCUUCAGAGCCCGAACAUGGAUUUAGAUAUUUCAGCUAAGGCUAUAGGAGUUUCUAUUGAUUUUAAAAAAACCCGUAUACGAACCAAAAAAAAAAUAUUUUCAUAUGAAGCUCAAGAUGAACCAUCUAAAAAUGAAGAAACUAUUUUUUACCAAGAUUAUUUUUUAACUAUUGUUGAUCAAGCUAUCGUUUCCGUGAAUAUGAGAUUUUCACAGCUUGAAUCGUUUAAUAAUAACUUUGGUUUUUUAUAUCGGAUUAACAAAAUAAAAUUCAUGAAAAAAGAAGAGUUAAGAAAAUGUUGCCAUGAUUUACAAAAUGUUUUAACUGAUGGUGAAUUAAAAGAUAUUGAUGGUUAUGAACUUUAUGAAGAAUUACUUAUUUUUUGUACUAUGAUUUCUGAAGAAACUACAGCUUUUCAAGCUCUUACAGUACUAAAAAAAUGUUGCGGUUCUUUUCCAAAUAUUUUGAUUGCACUCAGAAUAAUACUAUCAAUUCCAAUAACAUCUGCUGGUGCGGAAAGGAGUUUUUCCAAAUUGAAAAUAAUUAAAAACUACUUAAGGAGUACUUUAUCACAGUGUAAACUUACAAGCUUGGCUACUCUAUCGAUUGAACAAGAAAUUUGUGACUCAUUAGAUUUUAAUGAGCUGAUUGAAAUUUUUGCUUCAGCAAAGGCUAGAAAAAAACAAUUUUGA